GUGCGCAACUGAGCUCAGCAUGGCUGGUACUUCGACACAGACCCGGCCGGAGCCCAUGAACGCUUCGCCCUACCACUCCAAGGUCAAGGUCACACUCAAGUUCGCAGAUCAUCAGUUCCCGGCCGGCGGAUUGGUGACGGGGAAGAUGGAGAUGGAGUGCAAGGCGGAGAAGGGACUCGGCAUCGGGGUCAUCAUGGUCGAACUGUAUGCCAUCGAGGAGCUCACAUCGCGAGACCACUCCGCAACCUCGACCUUUCUCCACACCCGCCGCCUCUUCCAAGGCCCCGGCCUACCCCCAUCUAAUUCUGUUCACCCCUUCCCGUCCCCCGGCGACCCGCCUCUCCCGUCAAAUUACUACCACGCCCGCCGCGGCAUCACCACCUUCUUCUUCCAGAUCCCCUUACCCGAUUCGUCCCCUUCCUCCAUCGAGUUCGGCUCAGGCCUUGCAAGACUAAGGUAUGAAGUACGGGCGAGUGUUGGCGUCUCAUGGAAGGGCGAGAAUAAGCUUGUGACAGACAAGAAGCCGGUGGAUGUAGUAGAGCUGUUCGAGGACGACCUGGUGAGGGGGGCCGCAGAAGGGAUUGUUGUGGGUGAGAAUGGGAAGAUUUGGAUGCAGGGCAAGGUCCUCGGCGGCUUCAUGGUUGCCGGGCAGCCUGCGUGUAUUGAACUGCAGGUUAAGAACCAUUCAACUAAGAAGAAUUCGGGCCUGUCCGUCACCUUGACACGCGACCUAUACCUGCCGAACGUUCCCACCACACAGAAGCAGCCGCUGCAGAUUAACGAUACCGUCACGUCGGUCAACUUCCGUGGUCCGGAAUACAUCAUUCCGCCCGGUGUCGAGGGCGUAGCGAAUUUGGUCGUCGAUGUGCCCAAGCAUGCCCGAGGCGUCAAGGGCGGGCGUAGAAUAGGAGAUGGAGGCAAACUUACUCAGUCCUUGUUCGAAGUGCGUUGUACGGUUGGCAUCAAGCUUUCCAUGGGCAUCGGCAGCAAAGACAUCAAGCUAGAUCUCCCCGUCAAGAUCCUAGACCCUUCCGUCGUCCCAGACUACCCUCCCCCAGACAUGUACGCAAUACCACCAUCAAGCGCUCCCUUGUGCGAUCCCGCCGCUGGAAUGCUAUAUCAGCCUCUUACAUCUCCGGCACCAUACAUAGAUCGGUCCAUGAGCCCAUACGCCUACCCCGCUCUGCCUAUGUCCCCCCCGAUGUCCCCGCCCAUCCUCGCCAUGUCCCCGCCGCCACUCCCUUACGUAGACCAAGGACAAGUUUGGCUACCAGCUCCACACAUGCCCUUCGCAGCGAAUGUUUACGGCCAGCCGUCGUUCUAUGCCUAUCCAGGCUCCAAUGCGCUACCGCUUGUACCCCCGCCCCGACCGUCCAGUGCAGAGCCCACGCCCUCCCAACCCUUACAUACCCUCUCAAAUGCGGCUCCAGGCAUCCCGAAUGUUCCCCCAAGUGCCAUUCCCCUCGCACCCCUUGCAGCCCCCGCGCUCAUCCCGAUGCCCACUGGGGGAAAGAGUAACGCCGGGCACCGCGAGGAAGGUAAGGGCGAACGCGCGUCGCGCAUCUCGCAUCAUCUACGUAUGUCCUCGCGCCACCGGUCGGUCUCUCCGCCUGCGCACCGAUACGGCGACGAGCGCCACAAUGUUACUGCAGCGUACCCGCACGCAACGAUCGCGGCUCCGCGCGUCCAUGCUAACCUUCCGCCCGGACAGAGAGAAGCGUAUGAGGGAGGGGAGGGGAGCGCAUCGUCCUCGCCCGAGCUGCACACACGGAAGGGCCUCACACUCUCCCCCCUCCACACGGGCGGUUCGGUCGUCUCUCCACGCCCGAUGCUCUCGCCGAAAUUGUCGUUCUCGCGCGAUUUGUUUGAGCAGGUGACCCAGGUCGAGAACUUGGAGCGGAUCGCCGCUGCCGUCGACGGAACGAACCCUGGGGCAGGAGCGGGGGCUCCUGCGCUCGUGGAGCGGCAUCUGAGCGGGGAGAGCAGCAGGGACAAGACUCUCCCCAAGCCCCCCGCUGCCACCGGGAAAGGGAAGGAGAUCGUCCCGACACCCCGUGAGCGUGCGGACACGCUCUUCCCUCCCUCUCUCUUCGAAGCGGGCGCGGACGAGACGCCUCCCACUCCGACGUUGGCCGCCGUCACGUCGCUCAAAGUGCCCCGCCUGCGCUCCGGGGGGCCAGGGGAAGCCUCCACCGGGCUCGAUGCCCUUGAAGCUCGGCUGUUGGCUGAGGUCGGCACGCGCAAGCCCGAGAAGGGACGCGCCCCAGACGUGCGGUCUGUGUUGCCGUUGCCGGAACCGAUCGCGAUCCCGCGGGCUCAGGACGUCGAGCCUCCCGUUGACUCUGCAAUCUCGAGUCUGACGCUUGGAGGGUUGGAGGCUGAGAACGAUAUGGAUGCGGAUGCGAAGACGCUCAAGAGGGGGAAGUUCAGUCGGGGUGGAGGAAGUGAUCGCGGUCGUGACUUCGAGGCGGAGAACGAGGACCUUGGUGUUGGACUAGCGAGGGACUCGAAUCGGACGACGCGCGGACGCAAUAGUCAGCAGACCGACAUGGGGAAGAAGGCGACGGGAUCGGGCGGUGCCAAGAAGCGGGAGGAUAAGCACAGUAGUAAACACGCAACAGGCGCAGACGGCCCGGGCAAGGACAAGGAGCUGCAGAAGCUGCGCAAGGCCGCGCAGGGCCGCAUCACUGCGUGGCUUGGCGGGAUCGAUCCCGAGGCUCCCCCAGAGAACCAGACGCCCCCGCCUGAGACUCCGCCACCGGAGGAGGGGAGGGGGCGGUCGCCAGGUAUUGUUUCGAGGUCUCCUGCUGCGAAGAGUCCGGCGGCAAGCCCGGGGAGGAGUCCUGCUAUCAGUCCUGGGAGAAGUCCCGCUAUCAACCUAGCAAGGAGCCCUGCUGUCAGUCCCGCCCUCAGCGCGAGGAAUCUUACAGAGCCACCGGCCUUGUCUCCCAAGGGGAAGAAGAGUCUCGAGACAUUCGCGAACGUCGCUCCCUCCUCCCCAAAGCGCGAAGCUCAACAGGAGCAAGAGGCGCAAGCAGCCCCGAACCCCCGCUCAUCCGGUUUCCUCCCCAUUGGCACUGUGCGCGCACAUGCUCAGCUCACCGCGAAUGGGAACGCGAACGGGAACGCGAAGCAGGCAACGCCACUCGACGCAUACCUCCACCCCAAGGCAUCGACCCGGCUUGGGCUAUAUCCCCCUCGCUCGCUCGACCCGGAAGUCAAGUACGACAUUCGGUCCGCACGCGGAGGCAAAGGCGGGAUCGUCGCGUCUGUAGCGGCGAUCUGGGCGUCGCAGGCGCAGUCCUCUGGGGCAGUGACACCCAAGCCGAAGCCUACGCCCGAGCCUGUGAAGAAGAGGGUUGAGGCGACUAAGCUCGUGGACCAGUGGAAGGCGACUGCCACCACUGAGCAGGGUGGUGCGCAGAUGAAGAGUCCGCUGCCUGUAACGAAGCCGAAGCCUGAGGGUCUGCGCUCUCCUACCAAGGUCGCUGCUGAUGGAUUGAAGUCUCCGACGACUGGUGCGAUGGUGGGCUUGAGAUCUCCAGCGGUCGCUGCGACGACGGGCUUGAAGUCGGCAAAUUCUGGUGCGACAACUCCGCCGGCAUCGGACGGGCGCCCUAAGGCCCUCAGGCCGUUGAAUAAGACCACACAGGCGUCGCCGACUGUCACGUCCCCCUCGUCAGACCCGAUGAUUACCUCUGUCGCAGACCUUACCGCGAGGAGGGCUAGAAUGAUCAAGUCUACAUCCGUUCCUGCCGUUAUCUCAUCCUCGACUGCCACCCCGAUGCUCUCUUCGACUGCUUCUCUUGCACGCCCAUCUCCUGCUCGCGCGGAACGUACGAAGAUGAACGUCAAGUUGCCACCUACCAUCUCUGAAGUAGAUCUCAGUACUCCAGCACCCAAAGCGCAGACUGCGGCCAAAGUUGCCGCGACGACGACAGGGACUCUCCCCACUACGACGUCGCCCGGCUCCCCACCAGCCAAGGCAGACUAUGCAUUCGGACAGGCGCGUCUGAGAGAACUGAUCAAGAGAUACCAAGGACAAGUGACCUCAUCAUGACCAUGACUCCGUGGCCAUUACUCUGGACUCUUCCUGCAUAUACCAUCCUCUACAUGUUGGGAUUCCAAUCACUCACGCUUUCUGUCGCCUCAUCUUCUACUCAUCUCUACUCAUGUACCACUGCAUUUGGGUUCCUUGACGUUCCAUUCUGACUUAUUCAUUCGUCUCUCUUGUGUCUUAUCUUGUCUCAUAUCUCACGAUACCUCAGAGCCAUCACUGUCACGACCACUAACGACGUUCCCAAUCUGCUCACCGGUUCAAUACUACAUGUACCGUUACUGCACAGAAUGCGAUCCACUAAACUUCC